CCCCGACCAUGAGCGGCCGGAGACUAGGCCCGGGAAUGCCCCUGCUGGAGGCCUUGGCCGAGCCGAAGCCGGGCCCGUGGGGGGACCCCUCGGGCGGCGGAGUGUCCCGGCGGCCUGGGCCCUGGAGCCUGGCCGCCGCCUCCACGCUGUCUCCCCAAACUGCACGUGGAGAGGAGGCACAGAAGGAGAAAGCGACCAUAGAGAACGGGGAGAAGGCGCAGCUGGAAGUGGUGCUAAAGAUGGGGCCGGAGGAUGGCUCCAGAACCUACUUGCCUCUGAAGUACUUCCUGAUGCAGGGGGAGGAGGACACGGCGGAGCUGGGAGGUUACCCGGAGGAAGCUAAUGAGUCGGAUAGCGAGGGAGCCUCUGACCUGGAGAUAGAAGAGCCCGGGAGGCUGUUCGACCUCACCGGCAGGUCCCAGUACCUGGCGGCCUGUGAGACCUAUGGCGUGGUGCCCAUCUCCUACUUCCUUCACCACAUGCACGAUUCUGAGCUCAUGCUGAAGCACCGCGGCCUGGGGCCUCAGGGGGCCCAGGCCCUGGCCUUAGCCUUGAUGAACAACACCUCCAUCGUGAGACUGAAUCUGAGUGACAACUGGCUGAACGAGGAGGGCGUGGCCGCCAUCGCCGGGAUGCUGAAGGAAAACUGCUUCAUCGCAGAUCUUGAUCUGUCCGAUAACAAACUGGGGGUCAAAGGCGCCAAGGCUCUGUGCGCCGCCCUGAUGGAGAACACUUCUCUGCGGCGGCUUCGAUUGUCCGGAAGUGACCUAGGCACUCAAGCCACCAAAGACGUUGCCGAUACUCUGAUGGUCAACACCAAGAUGGAGCUACUGGACCUGAGCCACAACCUUCUGGAUGAGGAGGCUGGGGAGCGACUCGGGCCAGCCCUGGCAGAAAACGUUGGCAUAAAGGAGCUUAAUCUCAGCUGGAACCACCUGCGGGGCUCCGGAGCUGUGAUCUUCGCCCGUGGCAUCGGGGUCAACACGUACCUCAAGGUGCUGGACCUCUCCUACAAUGGCUUCGGCGAUGAGGGAGCCGCCGCCAUGGGGGAGGCUCUGAGAGUCAAUGGCGUGCUGGAGGAGCUGCACAUGAAUAAUAACCGCAUCGCGCUGCCCGGAGCCCUGAGCUUCUCCGACGGACUGAGAGAAAACCGGACUCUGAGGAGCCUCUCGAUGGGCAGGAACCCCAUGCGGAGCGAGGGCUGCCUCUGCAUCCUCAAGGCCAUCCAGCUGAAUCCACACUCGGUGCUCCUGGUUUUGGAUUUCUCGGACAUCCACCUAAACAAAGACUUCGAGGACCUGGCUUGUUCUAUGAAAGAGGUCUCUCCCCAGCUCUGUAUCAAGCACGGCAACCCCCGGGCCUAGACCGACGCCCUGGAACGCGGCUGCCGUCACCGCUCACCCAGAAGCCCCAGGAAUCGUUCCCGUCUUCGGAGAGGGCCCAGCAGCAGCCUGAGCCCCGUGCCCUGGAAUCAUGGACUCGGGCCCCCCGGGACAGAGCUCCCCCGUGCAAGGACUCUGGACAGUCACCCACCGGCCGCCCUUGGAAGCCCCGCCGGCCGUCCCCGGGGACCCACUGGCCGCCCCCGCUGUGUCUGCUUGGGGAAAGCUCGCCUGCGGCGCCCACCUCGGCUCUGCUGGCCUCGAGCUCUGGGCUGCCCGGCCCUCCGGAGGCCAGACCUCCGCCCACCCCCAUCCCCUUUCUCACUAAGCCUUAACGUUGUUUCCAGUACCCUCUGUGUCUGCUGUGUUGACUGCAUGGGGGGUACCCCGAACCCGCGGCUCCUGUGCUUCCUUCCCCGCGCCCCGGCUCUGGCUCCUCCCGACCUCGGGCUCGCCAGCCCAGACAGGCCGGGGGGUCCGUACAUCUAGGCCAGAGGCCGGGACGCCGCCGAGAGCUCCGGCCCUCACGGCCCCUCGGCACAGCCCUGGGUGGUGGGCGCCCCAAAGACCAGUGGGCUCCCCCUUCUCAGAGCGCAGGCAAGUGCGGGGGGAGCCACCCGGCAGGACAUGAGGGAUGCUCAGGACUGGCAGCUGCUGAUCAGAAGCAAGCGGGAUAUUGGGGCAGCCCGGAACCCGCAGGGAGGGACCAGCACCUUGCUUGCAGCUUCCACAGGCUCCGGGGGGGGAGGUAGAAAGGGGCCCCCAAGGGCUUCCAGGCAGGCAGCGGCAGCCCCUGUUCCCCGAGUCCCUUUUCCCUUUCCCUCAUGGAUCUGGACUGAACCACUCCCUCUGUCACCCACUCCAAGGGCGACACAAACCCCCCAGCCCGCCCGCAAAUGCCUCCAUCAUGAGACUGUGAGCCCCACAGGGGCAGGACCGUGCCAUCCAUGCCAAGGGCCUGCGAGCAGUGGGCACUGAAUGUUUGCUCAGCCUCUGGCCAGAGGCAGCCGUUUCAAUGAAGAGAAUCCAUGCUCUGCAGUGAGAA